CUCCAUUUUCCUCCUCCGCUUCGCCUGGAACAUUUGCCUCUUCCUCCCUCCCUCCGUACCCCCCUCCCCCUCUCUCUCUCCCAACGCCCGUCCAUCUCUCCGGCGAAACCGAUGGCCGCGAGCUCAGGCGACGAGUCCCGGAGGCCCAAUCCCCUCCCCUCGGGGCUCGUGUCCAAUCUGCAGUCCGUCCUCGCCUCCCGCCGCCCGCCUUCGCCCGAGGACGCCGGCUCCACCGCGGCCGAGGCCGAGGCCCCGACAGCGGAGACGGCGGCCGAUGACGCGCCGGCUAAGCCUGUCGUACUUCUGACCUGCGCCGGCGGGAUCCAGUCGCCGGGUCUCGUGGCGCUCGUCGACGCCCUCGUCAAGGGCGGCCGAUGCGACGUCCACGUGUGCGCCCCUGAAUCGGACAAGCCUGUCUGUGGUCACUCCAUUACCAUCCGGGAGACUGUGUCUGCGACAUCCGUCCAUUUUACAGGGGCGAAGGCUUUUGAGAUAUCAGGGACGCCUGUGGAUUCUAUCUCAUUGGCAUUAUCUGGGAGGCUAUUUUCUUGGUCGGCACCUGCUUUGGUGAUCAGUGGUAUCAAUACUGGGUCAAACUGCGGCUAUGAGAUGUUCCACUCUUCUGCCAUUGCUGCUGCAAGAGAGGCUUUAAUGUGUGGGGUACCUUCAAUUGCAAUCUCAUUGAAUUGGAAGAAGGAUGAAACCAAAGACAAUGACUUCAAGGAUGCAGCUGGGCUGUGUUUGCCACUGAUACAUGCUGCCUUGGCAGAUAUUGAGAAGGGAACUUUCCUCAAAGGGUGCCUGCUGAAUGUUGGGGUUCCAAGCUCGCCAGCUGCAAAUAAGGGUUUCAAGUUGACCAAGCAAAGCAUAUACAGUCCUGCUCAAAGCUGGCAAGCUGUGUCGACAAGUAGGCUUCAACCUGCUGCUCACUUCAUGGGCAUGCAUCAAAGCCUCGGUAUUCAGCUCGCACAGCUUGGGAAGGAUGCUUCUGCAGCAGGAGCUGCACGCAGAGGUAAUACUCAGCGGAAGACAGUUGAGGUCGAGUCUGUUGCAGCUGCAGGGAAGCAACAAGCUCGAGAAGUAGUGAAGAAAUCUUUCCGUGCCGAGUUCCUCGAGAAGCUGCACAAAGAUUUGGAUGACGAUAUCGAUGUGAGAGCCUUGGAAAAUGGAUUUGUGAGAUCUCUCUCUCUCUCUCUCUCUCUCUCUCUCUCUCUGUGUGUGUGUGUGUGUGUGUGUGUGUGUGUGUGUGUGUGUGCUGUGUUCUUCAGGUGCCUAAUCGUUUCCCCCUUCUACAACCUACAGAUAUCUGUCACUCCUCUGAAUGUGCACGGCCAUGUCGAGUCUGAACUCGAAGCUCCAGCGUCAGACUGGCUGUCAGCAGCUGUGGCUGUAUCCGAAGAAAAGGAAGCUCCAGCGACCUAACAAACACGCAGAAAUGUACACUGUAGGUGCUUUAGUCCUUGCCUUGGUGUCCAUCUCCUCUCCCCUUGCUUUAUUGGCUUGAUUCUUGUCUGUCUUUUGCAUUCCAUGCUUGUUCAGUGCAGUCUUUAUUUUUGUUGGUCUUCUCCGACGAUUGCCGAUUUUCUUCGUCAUGUAAAAUGAUUUGAUGCUGGAGCCCCUACAGUUUCGAAGUGAUCAUGUAGGCGACUGCAUCUACUAGACAAAUACUGCCACUCCCCACUAUUUUUUCAGUGUGGUUUGUUCCAGAAAGGUGGUGUGUCACCGGAUGGGUGUGAUUGAUUUUUGAUUUGUACCUUCUGGACCAUGUCGUACGAAAAUAUUUUGACCACAUGUAACCUGAAAUGCAGUUUCAGCAAUUUAGUUUGUUGGUCUCUCUUGA